UCGAAACGCAUGAACGCCCUAAUUUAAGACCAAGAGAUACUUCUCCAGAUAAAAGUGAAUAGCCGACUUACACUCUGCAAAGCAAAGCAGCAGAAAUUCUAACUAUGGAGGCGCCGGGCGAUUUGGAUCGUUUCAUUUUCUUCGAGCAGGCUAGGAUAACCGCCGAAGCUUCUUACGCCAAUAAUCCUCUCGACGCCGAUAACCUGACUAGAUGGGGAGGGGCGCUGCUGGAAUUGUCGCAGUUUCAAAACGGUGCGGAUUCGAAACAAAUGGUUAAAGAUGCUAUAGAGAAGCUGGAGGAGGCACUGGUUGUCGACCCUAGAAAGCAUGAAACACUCUGGUGCCUUGGAAAUGCGUACACAUCUAGCGCAUUUCUCAUUCCCGAUCUUGUGGAAGCUAAAGGUUACUUUGACAAGUCUGCCCAGUACUUUGAGCAAGCAUAUGAACUGGAACCACAAAAUGAACUAUAUAAGAAAUCUUUAGAAGUGUCCUCCAAGGCUCCUGAGUUACAUGUGGAGAUUUACAAGCAUGGUGGUAUGGGGGCUUUGGGUAGUCAGGCUACAGGCGUUGAUCAAUCAGCUUCUACUAGUACAAAGCAGCAGAAUACCAAGACUAGCAAAAACAGUGAUCUCAAAUACGACAUUGGUGGAUGGGUGAUCCUGGCAAUAGGUGUUGUUGUGUGGCUGGGAUUCGCAAGAUCUGAUGUGCCUCCACCUCCUGCUAGAUAAGCAAUGGCAAUAGUUUAGACUCAUAUCAUCCUAUGAGGCGGCUUCACACCUCUGAGGUUUAUAAAUUAAGAGCAGCACACUUCCAAUAAGAAUCAUUUGCUUUAUUAGUAUAUUGAUGGCAUUUUUACUCUGCUCUGGUUUCUAUAUUCCCUUAUGUUUCAUUAGGUACUUCAUUUACCUGAAGUUUUGACAUUUUAUGGCUUCCAACACCAUGCUAUUUCAUGGUAUUUCUAA